AUGGUUUCAUUUCGGAACAUGUUCUUUACUUUUGGCUUGGUUGAUUAUUUUGUUACGGGGAUUGCUGUUGAGCCUCAUUCCAAACUCAAGGGCAACGUGGAAUCUCUGCUUGAGUUGACCCCAUGGACCUGGAAACACAUGAAUACGUCCUUCAAAGUGGAUUCCCCCGUCACUUUAGACCAACAGCUUACGAAUGGCUCUCAAAUUUCAUUUAAGCAUUUAAAAAAAAUGCAUUGCUUAAGACUACAAAAACAAAGGGACUGUGCAUCCAUUCUAAAAACAAUAUCCAACACAAAAGGAAGAGACGGUUUGUACACGAUAUACCCGGAUAUGAAGACCAAGAAGUUGGUGUACUGUGACAUGACCACGGACGGCGGAGGGUGGACAGUAAUUCAAAGACGUAUGGAUGGGUCUGUGAAUUUUUAUCGAUCUUGGCAGACCUACAAGGACGGAUUUGGAAAACUACAAGGAGAAUAUUGGCUAGGAAAUGAAGAUAUUCACUUGCUCACAGCAAAAACUAAGCAAGAGUUACGAGUUGACCUACAAAAGUUUUCGGGUGAAAAGGCUUACGCCAAAUAUUCCAGGUUUACUAUGGGAAGUGAGUCUGAAAAAUACAAGUUAUCUGUCGGGGGAUACAGCGGAACGGCGGGUGAUAGUCUCGCAUAUCAUAACGGUAUGAAGUUUUCUACAAGAGACCAAGACAAUGACUUAUGGAAUAAACACUGUAGCGUGGAACAUCAAGGAGGAUGGUGGUUUAAUGCGUGCAUCCAUGCUAUUCUUAAUGGACCUUAUCUAAAAUCGGCUAAAAUCACUGCAGUUGGUAUGACUUGGUACACAUUCGGAAAUGAACACCGUGCUUUAAAGAGAGCAUCAAUGAUGAUCAGACCAAAAAUUUAA